AUGGGUCCAGCAACAGGCAAAGAGAGACGCGGUCGAGCGAGGCGAAAACCUCAAAUUUCGGUGCGCAAGCUCCCCAAAGCUGGCUCCAAGUUUAGUCCCGGAUUCCGAGUGGGCGCAUCCCAGGACUUGCCAAUCACGCUCGAUAGCGAUGAUGACGCGCCGACAAGCACUCCCCAGCGUUUUGACCCUCGUCGAACGCAUGUCUCACUCGCCGAGCCCAACCUACGAGGUUUCCGCUACGAUGGCACGAGUGAGAGCCCGCGCGCAUUACCGAAUACGUUGCAUGCACCCAUAGGCUUCGUCCUACGACGCUCCUCGCCAACAUCUAGCGGGCCCGCAAAGGAUGGAUCGCAUGCUGUACCCCAAGAAACACUACAACGAGAUUCUGAUGGCGGUGGAGAAGCAGCACCGAUCCGUAAGCCUGCCACGCGACGCACACGCCAACCUCACGCACUCAAUGAAAGCCGGAAAGAGAGCAAGCCUGGGACUAUCAACAUGAGUCUUAUGGAUAUCGACGACUUCGGUCUGAGAAGUAAGGUCGCUCAGCUAAUGGCUGUAGCACCCGCGCUACCCAUUGUGGAUCUCUAUCACCUCAUCAUGGACAGCGAAGGCGAUCUACCGUUGGCGAAGAAACAAGCCAUCAGGAUGAGUGAAGCACCACCGGCACGGCAUCAACCAGGCUUGGAUGCAGACGGCGAAGAGGUCAUGGUCAAGAUAGACCCCAACGAUCCCGCUUUUGAGUGGGACGACGAUGAACCUCAGCCUGAGUCAGCCGCUACAAUCGCAUCGAGACCACAUUCCAAGCCGAAAAGCAAAGCUACAAAGUCAAAGAGUCUACACCAUCAUGCAAAGCCUUCCAAGAGCGCAAAUUCAAGUGCAAAACACUGCUCAAAUACGAGCGCCAAACGAACGAAGUCGUCUUCAAUGAACCCUACGCACGCCAGAGAGACCAGCAGCGACCGCGAGUUCGUCGUCCCCGAUAAUACUGUUCAUUACGAUCUCAAUUCUGAUAUCUCUAAUGGCUCUGAUGAGUUUCUCGGUGUUGAGAUCUGGAUAUAG